GACAGCUGCCCCCAUGUCUGCCUGCACCGGGCCCCGCGGCUGGAGCUGCUGAACCGGACUGGAUUGGACGUCCGGCCCCCCGGCAGGUGAAGGCGUGGCCGCUGGGCGGGAAAGCUUUUAUUCCAGCAACACCUGAGUGAGAGUGAGGAACCAUUGCUGUGAGGAGCUGGUUGAUGGUUUGAUGCCCCUCAGAUGAACAUCUCCCCCCCACCGGAGGAUCUGUUUUUAUUAUUUUUUUAUUUUUUAUAAUAUGUUUAUUGUGCAAACUUCAAAGCAUAUUACAGACAAAACACAAAUCAGCUGUAAAUAGGAAGUCUGACAUUUUAUUGCUUCCUUUUCGGAGGAUCUGUUUACUGUUUACUUCACGGCCCCAGCAGGUCACGCGGACACGUUAUGGACCGUUAUGACCGUUUUUUGGAGGUUUGACCCGCAGGACCGACGAGUGGAAACUGGGUCAGAGUGGUUCGGGUGUUAUAACUGUUAGCUGACCGGCGGGUGAACCGUUGCCAUGGCGCUGUCUCAGGUCCAGUGUCUGGACAACCACCACGUCAACUGGCGCGUGAGCGAGAGCAAACCGGAGUUUUUCUACAGUGAGGACCAACGGCUGGCGCUCGAGGCGCUAGUCACCAAGGGCCGCGAGGCGUUCAUGGACCACCUCCGCGAGCACAGCGUCCGCGAGUUCCUUUCGGAACCGGAACUGGAGCGGGUUGCGCGCACAGUGGAGGCCUACAGGCCCGGGCACGAGCAUCAUCAGAAGCCGGACACCCCGGGGCCCGGAAGCCUUCCCCCCGGGCCUGGGAACCUCACCCCCGGGCCCGGGAACCUCACCCCGGGGCCCGGGAACCUCACCCCGGGGUCCGGGGAGUUUGUGGGAGACGGUGAGGUGUCGCUCCAGUACUGGCCGGACCGGUCGGAGGCCUCAGUGGCGGAGCUGGACCUCGGCUGGCCCGAGGCCAUCUCCUACCGGGGGGUCACGCGUGUCACCGUGUACACACAACCUCCCACCGAGGGGCACACACACAUCAAGGAGGUGGUGCGAAAGACCAUUGCAUCAGCCUCUAAGGUGAUAGCGGUGGUGAUGGAUGUGUUCACAGACGUGGAUAUCUUUCGAGACCUGCUGGAUGCAAGCUACAAACGUAAAAUCCCCGUAUACAUUAUCAUUGACACUGCUGCAGUCCCCUGCUUUCUUUCCAUGUGUGGCAGAGCUGAUAUGCACCGUGGACACCUAAAGAAUCUGCGUGUGCGCUGCUGUGGCGGUGUGGAGUUCUUCACACGAUCGGCACAGAAAGUUCGUGGAGCACUGAGCCAGAAGUUCCUGCUGGUAGAUGGAGACAGAGCCAUCUCUGGUUCAUACAGCUUCACCUGGUCCUCCUCCCGCUUGGACCGUAACCUCAUCACUGUGAUCACAGGACAGGCGACGGAGACCUUCGACUUCCAGUUCCGUGACCUUUACCUGAUAUCCAGAGGUGUGUCUCUCAGCAAGGUGGCCAUGGUGGAUGAACCCAUCCCAGACCCGGUCCCUCAGGUGGCUCCUGCUCCCGUCUCAGCUGCUGUUGCCAGGAAGCUCAUCAAUCCCAAAUAUGCCCUUGUUGCCACGGGAACCCACACAAGUUCUUCUGACCAAACGUCCAGCAACAAGAACUCCCAGCACCCCAAAGGGCUGCAGUUUAUGACACGCCGUGUCAAACAGGUUGUAGAGGAGCCCCCCUUACAUCCCGGGUUAGCCCACCUGGAGAAAGCGUACCUGAUCCCGUACCUGCCCACCUGGCCGGAGCCAGACCCGCCCAGCGACGUGAUCGGCUUUAUCAACAUCACGGAUGAAAAGCGAUCCCAUAAGGUUCACUUACAGAGGUCGGAGAGGUUUGAGUUCAGCCAGGCGAUACGCUUCAGCUCUCCACUGGUGCUGCCACCAAAGACUGAGGAAGCAGCUCAGGAUGCAAAAGCAGCAGGAAAUCCUUCUGCAGAUCAAAGUGCAGACGCCUCUUCUCCUUCUCCUGCGAGUCCAACCAAGAAACAGCUCAAAGAGCAAACGCACAACGCUCCAAAUAAAGACCAAACUGAUGAGACGGACUCCAAAGGACCCCCUCAGCAACCCAGCACACCUUUAACACAAGACGCACACAAACCAAAUGCAACUUCACCAUCGAAUGUUGCUGCUGAGUCACAGCCGACAGACGAUCCCAAACCAGCUCCAGAGGCCUGUUUCGCUGCUCCUGUAGUUCCUCCUGUUCCUAAACGCCGCACCUUGCAGUUAAUCAUAGACCCCCCCUCUGAGGAUCAGCCCGGCCACCCACAGGUCAUCCUCAUGAAAACGGACCAACUGGAAAGUCUCGACGGCUUAAACAAAAAGGGAACACUGGAGAUGCUGUCGCCUAGCCGUAGCCGAUUAGCAUCAAAGAUUGACGACAUGGACUCUGGCAGCACCGGCGAGGGCAGCCAGGACAGCACCAAGGUCAUCUGUGACCGAGCCACCGACGACCGGCCUUCAAGCAACUCCACGGAGUCAGAGGAGGAGUUUUAUGAAUGUCCGCAGGUGGAGCCCAGUGAGCCGAGAAGCAACGGGGUGACGGGGUCGGGGCACGGCCAGCGGCAAGGGGACGGGAUCAACAUGAUGGCUCGCUUCUCCCAGAGCAUGCUGGACCUGCGGGAGCCCAGCCAAUCAGAAGACAGCACUGCCCUUAUUAGGGAAUCACAGCAGCUCCGCAGACUAGGACACCCCUCACCACACAGGCACAUAGGACAGCUGUUCCACAACUCUAAAUCUCCAGGUCGUGAUGCGCGGCAGCGAGGACCUAAAGUAAUCAUCGCCAAGCCAGGAAGUUAUCACCGGCCCACCCGGGCUGCCGUGCCUGUGAUUGGAGGACACCGUUACUGGCAGGGUCAGACGCUGCAGCCGGAGUCGGCGCAGCGGCGCGUAGAGACGCGAUCCGGCCGGUCUCCACGACGACACAGCCCUGGUUACGGGAAGACGACCGACCGCGCUUCACCACAGCCGCCGGCAAACCAAUCAGGGCUACUAGGAUUAUCUUUCGCAAAACUGGGCAAUUUUAGACACUUGAGGUCACGAGGUGGAGCGCCACAGAAGAAAGCUUCUCAAAACAACAGCGCUAACAGGUAGAACUGCAGGCCAGCGCAGGUACCUGAGGAGGAUUGUUGAUUGAUUGUUCCUGCUAAGAAAGUGGUGACUCUUCCGUGUGGAAUCUUCUUCAUCUCUGGCAUGUUUACCAUUUCCUGUUGCAAACCCUAAGGCUCAGAAUACAAUAACUAUUUAAUUGGGGGUUUUUUGACAAGGGAUGGAGGUUUGAUUUGAUUUUGAUUUUUCAGAUCAGAUCACCUUAACCCCUUUAUCAGGCCAAGAACUUUAUUUGGUAACUUCGGUGGAUAUCAAAAUGGGGUCGAGAAAAAAGUUGCAAAUUCACUAGAUUAAAGUGGCAAAUCUACAAGAAAAAAAGUGGCAGAUUUAAGAGAUUUAAAGUGGCAAAUCUACAAGAAAAAAGUCGCAGAUUUAAGAGAUUUAAAGUGGCAAAUCUGUGCGAAAAAAGUCGCAGAUUUACGAGAUUUAAAGUGGCAAAUCUACAAGAAAAAAAGUCGCAGAUUUAAGAGAUUUAAAGUGGCAAAUCUGUGCGAAAAAAGUCGCAGAUUUACGAGAUUUAAAGUGGUGAAUCUGCGGGAAAAAAAUUUGCAGAUUUAAGAGAUUUAAAGUGGCAAACCUGUGCGAAAAAAGUCGUUUUUUUCCCACUUCUUUCUCAUAAAUCUGUGACUUUUUCCACACAGAUUUGCUACUUUAAAUCUCUUAAAUCUGCGACUUUUUUUCUUGUAGAUCUGCCACUUUAAUCUAAUAAAUUUGCAACUUUUUUCUCAAAAUAUUUUUAUUUUUUAUUUUGGAUAUCUGCUGAAUUGUUACCAAAUACGGUUCUGAUCGCCUGAUAAAGGGUUAAAAACCAAUCCUGCUCGGCAAAAAGCUUCUGACAGAAUGGAUUCAGUAAUGUCUAGACGAUGAUGAAUUUUUAGGCACAUACUGACACCUCAGAAGAAAUACAGCUACUCGUCUUUUUUAGCACGGAUCCCCUUAAGAGUUGUGGUAAUAUUUCUACAGGAUGCACCGUGUUUUGUAGAUGAUAACCAGUCAGAUAUCU